GUUCAAUGCAAACCACUGAUGAAAUUGUAGUCGGUGACCAAUCAGUGCCAUCAUCAGCAUCUUCGGGAGAGAGAAUCGUUACCCAAACACUUGAUUUGGAAAAUAAAGAACUUUUGGCACAAGGAGCUGAAGGGAGAGUUUUCUUGUUGAAAAAUUAUUUUGGAAAACAAGCAAUUAUGAAGGAAAGAUUUAGUAAAAAAUAUAGACAUCCUACAUUGGAUAGUAAAUUAACAAAACAAAGACUUGUAAAGGAAUCAAAGAAUAUUUCAAAGUGUAGACAAUUAGGAAUUGAAGUUCCUACAGUUUAUAAUGUAGAUAAAACAAAUAAUUUAAUUUUUAUGGAAUAUAUUGAAGGAUGUUCAGUCAAGGAAUAUUUUAGGAAAUUUGAACAAUUAGCAAAUGCAUCAACUGAACACAUUUGGGAUGAAUCAUGUCUUGAAAUAGCUCAUUCUAUGGGUAAAGUUAUUGCCACUAUACACAAGAAUAAGCUUGUUCAUGGUGAUUUGACAACAUCAAAUUUAAUGUUGAGAAAUGGAGAAAAGGACAAAUUGGUUGUUAUUGAUUUUGGUCUCAGUUUUGGUACAACUCUUGAUGAAGACAAGGCUGUUGAUUUAUAUGUUUUGGAAAGAGCCUUACUUUCAACACAUCCAAAUUCUGAAAAAUUGUUUGAUCAAUUAAUAGAAGGUUACAAAAUUAUUGAUGCCACUCAAAGCAAGACAGUUUUGAAAAAGUUAGAUCAAGUCAGACAAAGAGGAAGAAAAAAGUCCAUGAUUGGAUAAAUUUAUAACAAUAAAUAUCAGAAGCA